GAAGAUGCUAUACCAGGUUUUCUAUUUAAAUCUGGAAAGAAGCACUUGAUUUACAAUCCAUCUUGCAUUUUUUUUCAGCAACCAAAGAAAUGCAAUCAGUGGCCAAGCAGCAGUAAUUAAAGGGACUAGUAGACCUUUUUUUCUGCCGCGCCCCUUUUACCAUCUACUUCCUGGUAGAUGGGUUUUGUAGUUUCUACGUUUUGCAUGCUGCUGGUCCUCGGCAUUAGAGUGUUUGGACAGUAAUCGGAAGCGAAGGCGACUGUGUGAUAAAAAUUAAAAUAACUUGCUACUUAUUUGGAGGCAUAGCUUGAAAUUGCGUGAAUCUUGGAUACGUUACACGUCUCGCAGACUAUCAAAAAUGUUGUAAUUUAUUGUUAUUUUGAGCUAGAGAAAAGCCGGUUUGUGUAAAUUUGGAGCCUUUGAACCGGUUGCCUGGAUUGCCUCGUGUACGAUGUGGGCGCAAGAAGCUCAAAAAUACCGAGAAUCACCCAGCCGUUCCGCAAAAUUUGGUAAGUAUGAUUACAGUUUUGGAAACGAUCGGGGUGAUUCCGGUAUGAGAGAUUACGAUUUGAUGGGACAGUCUUCGCAUUUGAGAACAGGAAAUUACAGCAGCCAUGACAGACGUGAUAUGGACAGUUCUGACUCCAAGUCAUAUAUGCACAUGUCAGAUUUUGGUCAGAAGAAACGGAAAAGAAGUCGCUGGAGUAGUGAGUCUGUUGAACAGAAGACUGUUAUCCCAGGAAUGCCUACAGUUAUUCCUUCAGGACUAUCACGGGAACAGGAGAGAGCAUAUAUAGUGCAACUGCAGAUAGAAGACCUGACUCGUAAGCUGCGCACAGGAGACCUUGGCAUCCCCCCUAACCCUGAGGACAGGUCUCCCUCUCCUGAACCUAUCUACAAUAGUGAAGGGAAACGAUUGAACACACGUGAAUUCAGAACGAGGAAGAAACUGGAAGAAGAAAGGCAUAGCCUAAUAACAGAGAUGAUUAGCCUUAACCCAGAUUUCAAACCUCCAGCCGAUUACAAACCGCCAGCAACUCGAGUGAAUGACAAGGUAAUGAUUCCCCAGGAUGAAUAUCCAGAAAUAAACUUUGUUGGACUCCUUAUUGGACCAAGAGGAAAUACGUUAAAGAAUAUUGAGAAGGAAUGUAAUGCUAAGAUCAUGAUUAGAGGUAAAGGUUCUGUGAAAGAAGGGAAAGUUGGAAGGAAAGAUGGACAGAUGCUGCCUGGUGAGGAUGAGCCGCUGCAUGCUCUUGUAACUGCAAACACCAUGGAAAAUGUGAAGAAAGCAGUGGAGCAGAUUCGAAGUAUUUUAAAGCAAGGAAUUGAAACACCAGAAGAUCAGAAUGACCUCAGAAAAAUGCAGCUGAGAGAGUUGGCUCGACUAAACGGCACACUUCGUGAAGAUGAUAACAGGAUACUGAGGCCAUGGCAGAGCACUGAGACCAGAAGCAUCACUAAUACAACUUUAUGCACCAAGUGUGGAGGAGCAGGACACAUUGCAUCAGAUUGCAAAUUUGCUCGACCUGGAGAUCCUCAGUCUGCACAGGACAAAGCUAGAAUGGAUAAAGAAUAUCUGUCUCUUAUGGCAGAAUUGGGAGAGGCUCCAGUGCCAUCUGCAAGUAUUUCACCUACAACACCCACAAGUGUGCCACUUCCUACACAGAGUAUUCCAAGACAGACUAAUCUGGGAGGCAGCCAGCAACAGCCUCAGACGCGUCCUCCAUGGAUGAACUCUGGUACGUCUGAUAGUAGGACGUAUCCUACAGUGCAUUCAAGUCCAAGCGGGCCUGCAGCUCCAGGUGGUCCUCUUGGUUAUCCUCCUCCAGUGCCUAGCAUGAGUGGUCCUCCAAUACCACCUGCACCCAGUGGACCUCCACCAUGGAUGCAGCAUCCUCCAGUGUCUCAAGGACCACAUCCACCUGGGCCUCCUAUGGGUAUGAUGCCACCAAUGGGAAUGAUGCCACCUCCACCUCCUCCUCCUGGCAGUCAACCUCCACCCCCUCCAUCAGGCCCGUUACCACCUUGGCAGCAGCAGCAACAGCAGCCACAGCCACCACCCCCUCCUCCUAGCAGCAGUAUGUCCUCCAGCACACCACUGCCAUGGCAACAGCCUGCAUCAACUACUACUACAACUGGAACUGCAUCUAUUCCACCUUGGCAGCAGCAACAAGGAGCCUCUGCAAAUUCCUCACCAGCACCACCACCUCAGAUGCAAGGAACUCCUUCAAUGGUUCCUCCACCACCUGGUGUGCAGCCUCCACUGCCUCCAGGGGCCCCACCACCUCCACCACCACCCCCUGGUUCCACUGGCAUGUUGUUUGCCCCUCCACCUCCACCGCCUCCACCCCCCAUGGACCCUUCUAACUUUGUUACAAUGAUGGGGAUGGGUGUACCAGCGAUGCCACCCUAUGGCAUGCCUCCUGCACCACCACCACCACCACCACAGAGCUAAUCAGCCUGAUUUUAUUUUUUAUUUUUUUUUUACUCUUUACAGUAUGUUAUUUUUGUUUAACAUAAAUUGUAGCUGUGUUGCUUUAAUGUACGGAAUUUCACCAUAUGGAGCCACAAAUGCAAAUGACAUGUAUAUGUUCUACAUCUUGGGAUUUUUUGAAUUCUUUGCAUUAAGACUGAUAAAAAUUGAAUAUAUUUUAAAACUGGCUAAAUUUAUUCUUUAUAAUUCAACCUGGAAUAGCUUGACAUUUUAAAAUGUUUUGCGUACCUUUUCUGAAGACUGCUCAUUAGUGUUAGGGAUGUAAUGAUGUAGAAUGUAGUACCUGGUUUAGUCUGAAAUCCUUAAGUGGCUCCAUAUUAUAUAAAUAAUAUGCUUUUGGAGGCAACAAACAGUGGUGGAUUUUAACUGCCAUCAAUGCACUUGUAACAUUGCAAGACAUAAUGUUUCCCUGAAGUAGGAUGUAUAGUUUGAGUAAUGUUUAGCAGUAGCACUGGCACAGCGUACAUCUUCCUGAAAGGAAUUACCUUGAUGACAAAAUAGGCCCAAAAUAGUUUCACUGGUUUGUUACAGCAGUGUUAAUCUGCUGGUACUGCUAUUUGCAAACUGUUGAUAGACUUUUCUCAUCUUUAGUAUCAGAUUUGUAAACAUUGUAGAAUUGUGAAAAAAUGUACACAAUUUCUUAGUACUUGAGUUUCCAAUAUUCCUAAACAUAUAAGAGAGGAAGAUGCCAUAGUUGCUUUGGAUAUUUCAUUGGUCUGAAAAAGACCUUGUGUGUUACAGUUUGAGUGUUUUAAAUUUUUAAUGAAAGUAAUAUGUGCUUUGAAAAUUUUUGGAUUGUAUGGCUAUUACAUCACCCAUUGCAAUCCCAUUAACUUGGUCUAAACUUUCAGUAAAAUUUGCCAGCCAGAAUUUUCAUGUUGGAAACGGCCAAUCCUACGUAUCGUCAUUGACAUAUUUUUCUGAAGAGAAUAAGCCGAACAGAAGUGGGUGGUGUAGCAUUGUCGUCCAUACGUGAUCUUUGCACUCAUUUCUGCUUUACCAGUAAAACUCAAGUAAGAGAAAAGGUGAUAUUUCAUUCUUGCGGUUUCUUCUGCAUGUCAUUUGAACAUUUUAGUGAGUAGUUAAAUGUAAGAGUUAAAUGUUGCCUCCAGUUUGAAAUGAGGUAAUUUGACCUUGCUUACUUAAAGUACAUCUUUAUUUUUAUACUGAGCUCAGUGUAGGUGUGUUGAUCAUAAACGAAUGCUAGUUUUCAUCCACUUUUAAUUUCUAAUUUUCUGUAUUAUAAUAUAAAUUAAAGGGGAUGUUUCUCUUA